AUGUGUAUUCCAAAGGCAAAUAGAACCAGUUGGAACUCACAAUAUGAAACAAUGGUGACAGUUACUGGUAUUCAGCAAUCUGAUUUAAAUGAAAUUUUAAUACAAACGCAGCAUUACGAUUUAUGUCUUAAAUCAUUAGAUUACCAAAUGCUAACCCAAAAAAUUCCAUCAAUAUCAAUAGUAGCACCAUCAAUUUUAGCUAUUUAUCAUGAUCUUAUACUUGAGCAGUCAAAUAUAAAAUAUGCUUCAAGUUUAUGCGAAUGCUUAUUAGAAUUAUUGUUAUCCGGGUUCGGUGGUCUUUUAGAAGAGAUGCUUAUUGACAUCAAUAGUACAGAAAAGAAUAAAAAUAAACAAUUUUAUGAUCGUUAUAAAGAUCCAAUUUUUUUAUUAGCACCAUUUUUAGAUGGUCAUCUUCGUUUACGAUGGAUAUCAAGUUCACUUUUAUCGAAACAAGUACAAGAAGAACUAUCUCACAAAAUAAAACAGCUUGUAUUCGAGCAAUAUAUUUUACUUGAAUAUGUUAAUGGUCUUACUGCUACAUCAGUUAACGAUAAUAUCGUGGUGAGUGCACCAAUACAAACACAAGCAUUACUUAACGGUCCUGCAUCAACUCCUACUACUCCAAAACGAAAGUGUUUGUUUGCAAACUUGGAAAACAAGGUAAUAAAAAACACAACAUCUGAUCCUUUUAGUUAUAUUACAGAUGAAAUAUCAAAAUACUUCAAUGAUAAUGAUGUAGAUCCUAUGCUUCUUUUAAAAUCAUCAUAUAUUUAUCCAAUAUUAUCCAAAUUUGCUUUGAAAAUUUUAUCGAUACCAGCAACAUCGACACUUGUUGAGAGGGUCUUUAGCCAAAGUGGCUUUUUAUUUCGACAACAUCGAGCGUCGAUGACAAGAACAACAUUACAACAAUUAACAAUGCUGAAAUGUAGCCGUGAUCUUUUUUGA